AUGUCGAGGAUGGGGGGUCCCGUGGUCGUAGUGCCCACGACGGGCCCUCCGCCAGCGCCCGAGCCAGAGCCGGGCCCGCGGUUCCAGCAGCGCACGGCCGCUUCCACGAACAAGACGAAGAAAUGCACGCUCAGGGAGUCCAAGGACUACCUGCUCGGCAACGUCCCAAGGCGCGCGCGCCCCGCCGCGAACGCGCACAAGCCCCCCGUGCGUGCAACAACGCAGGCUCCGGCCGCGUCGCGCGUCGCCCACGUCGCACCCGCCCGGUUCCGGCCCCGCGGCCGAAUCCCCUCACUUGUGGCGAUGUGUAACGCACGUUUGGACCGCAGGCGCGCCCUGGAGCUCAAGUACGAGCGGCAGCUCCACGGCGGGUCCCAGCAGCGCGCCCAGGAGCUACAGGAGGCCAACCUGGUGCUCGCGUCCGAGGUGCAGCGCGUUCAGGACGAGAGCAGCUGUCUCAGGCGCGCAAACCCGGGCAGUGAGCCCUUCGUGGCCCGCAAGGCGGGGCGGAGCAGCUCAACUUCCGUCGGUGACAGCUGCGCGCUGCUGAGCGCCGCGGGGCACCGCGCGCCUUCCGAAUCCCCGCGUUGCGGCCUCGAUGAUGUGUGUACGUGA